CCAUCUUUCUCGAGGGCAAGGCCAAGGCCUGGCCACCGCGGCCAUGUUAAUGCGGGGCGAGCAGGUCUCUCUCUGCGGGGGCGCCUGGAGGAGAGGAGGAGCAGAUAAGGCAAUCGAAGGUGAGGAGACCUGUGCACCACAAGGAGCUCGGGCGCGGAUGGCGUCAGGGCGCCCCGAGGAGCUGUGGGAGGCCGUGGUGGGGGCAGCCGAGCGCUUCCGGGCACGGACGGGCACGGAGCUGGUGCUGCUGACCGCCGCGCCACCCCCUCCACCGCGGCCGGGCCCCUGUGCCUACGCUGCCCACGGCCGGGGGGCCCUGGCCGAUGCCGCCCGCCACUGCCUCCAGGACAUCGCCCUGGCCCACAGGGCGGCCGCCAACGCCCGGCCCCCUGCGCCCCCUCCUGCCCCGGAGCCCCCCAGCCCUGCCCAGAGCCCACCUCGGCCCACUCUGGCCAGGGAGGAAGAUGAGGAUGAGGAAGAUGAGCCCACAGAGACAGAGACUUCUGGCGAGCGGCUGGGCAUCAGCGACAGCGGAGGGCUCUUCGUGAUGGACGAGGAUGCCACACUGGAGGACCUGCCCCCCUUCUGUGAGUCGGACCCCGAGAGCACAGACGAUGGCAGCCUGAGCGAGGAGGCCCCCGCAGGCCCCCCGGCCUACUCGGUACCCCCAGCCUCAGCUCUGCCUGCACAGCAGUGUGCCAAGUCCCUGCCUGUGUCUGUACCCGUCUGGGCCUUCAAGGAGAAGAGGACAGAAGCCCGGUCGUCAGACGAGGAGAAUGGGCCGCCCUCCUCGCCCGACCUGGACCGCAUCGCGGCGAGCAUGCGCGCGCUGGUGCUGCGGGAGGCCGAGGACACCCAGGUCUUCGGGGACCUGCCCAGACCCCGGCUUAACACCAGCGACUUCCAGAAACUGAAACGGAAAUAUUGAAGCUCCGCCCCAGAUCCCGCCCCGCCCCCGGGGCCCGCCAAUCCAAGUCCGACCCAAUGCCCCCCCCCACCCCUGUCGUGUCUAAGCCAGCCAAUCCCCGGCGCCCUUGCAGUCAACGACCACCACCUCGCUGACCACCACCUCCCUGCCGAGGAGCGAGACCUAACAAGUCUCCCGAUUGGAGGUGUCGCCCCGUUUCCGCCCAGCGACAGACUAUUAAGUGAUUGGCUCACUCCCUGGUCGGGGCGUGGCUAGUUCUGAACCGCAAAUGGGCCCGCCCCUUUCUUUUUCGGCCUAGCAACAAGAACUUUGCUCUCGCGGCAUUGGCUCUUCUAGCCGCAGCCAAGUCGCAGGAUUGGGUAGUGGCGUGCCACUUCGGCAAGAAACCGGGCAGCUUCAUCUGAUUGGUUCGAAUCCAAAGGGCUUAACCAGUCCCUGAGCGUCACUAUUUGCCCUUCCUGAGUUCUCCCGCGUGAUUGGCUGCAGCUUCCUGGGGGCGUGGCCAAGGCCUCCGGCUCCCGGGGUGGUCCCGCCUGUGCUCAAUGGCGUUCUCAACACUACUGGACCUGGGCUCUCGUUUCUCAGCCCAGGCCCGACACCCGUCUCUCCGGCCCCCGCCUCAGGGAAGGCCCGAUCCUGUGUCUAGUGCCCUCUGUCCUGGCUCACCCCGCGAGGGCCUGCCAAUCGAAGCCCGUCCUCGCACCCGGGACUGUACCAGCGCCCCCGAGCCCCCGCCCCCCACAGGUGCCUUACUGGCCGCGGCCACCCCGGGACGGCGGGCGGGGACCAGGUCCGAGGGGCUCUGAGAUUAAAGAGUUUUACCUCCGACGGCGAGAGAA